AUGGACACGAGAAGAGCGAGGCGAGCCCUCCAGCGGAGACUGUGGGGAGUGAGCCAGGAGUGUGUAGGCAGGGCAGCCUGGCCGCCCGUCAGCUGCAGCGCCGGUUCGCCCAGCCACCCGCCGAUGCCACCCUCCUCCUGCGCGCGAGACGCCACGGCCUCGUGGGCUGUACCUUGCACUUGCACACUUGGCGGCCUGCUCUUUGUUCCCCUUCUCGCGGUGGUGGUGGUGGUGGUGGUGGCCCCCAGUCUCUCUCUGCUCAUGGCACAUUUUUACGAGGCGGGAAAGGCUGCGGCGCCUGCCCAAAGCGAGUCAGCGCAUGGGAGGCCCUGCGUAGGCAAUAAUUAA